UAUGAUGUAUUUAACCAACGAUAAAACGUUCUUUCGUCUAUUUUGUGAUAAAAUUUAUUCUAAUGUAAACUCUACAGUCAGUCAAGUGAUUUGUCUAUUCCUCAUAGCGUGAUUCAAACUUGUUCAAUCCAUUUCAUUGUCUCAUUUAAUGGCUUUUAUAUCAAAUAUUUCUGCAAAACAUUUGGCUGAAAACGAAAAUUGAGUUUGAUAAUUUGAAAACACUCAAAAAUACGGAUCGAAAUAAACUUUUGGGUGAUUUCCCUGAAAAUCAGUGGUCAAAAUGAAGAUUUUCAGUACUAGGAAAUAAACCCUUCCAACUUGGUCACAAUGUGAUUUUAAAAAAGACAAUUGACUAUAGCUGUUUGAUUCUGACAAAGAAGAUUCACGAGCUUUAAUUCUAAAACUUUAUUUUAUUUUCUUACAUUUAAACUCUUGAAUGAUUAUAUAUCAAAAUUACAGUGGCUGGUUUAGGACAGGUGGAAGAUUUUGUUUUGAAAACUUCGUUCCCACGAAAUAAAAUUCGUUCCCACGAAAUAAAAAUUUGUUCCCAAGAAAUAAAAUUCGGUCCCACGAAAUAAGGUAUUCUCAAUAAUUUUUGUCAAAGGACUUCUAAGCUUGUGACUGAGUCCAUAACAUUUAAUCACUAGUCAAACUGAACCUUUAUUUUGCUUCUUUAUAUAUUAAUCAACCUUUGAAGCACCAUAAGCCAUAGCAUCUAUAUAUCAGUAAAACAAUCCUUAACAUAUAGUUUGUGACCAUGCACUUCUCUGCUCUUAUUAGCAGAGAGUAACCUAUAUUCUAUGCAUUAUAAAUAACUUUUCACAUCCUCAUGUCGAUGCACAUUUAUUGAUGAGGACAUAUCUAAGGUCCAUGCUACUGAGGUCAGAUGAAUUCCAAAAAAAGAAUCCUACUUGUUUACUUCCGCAUUGUUAAUGAUUAAUAUUUUCAAUGGACGACGAUGGUGUAUCUUGUGGUAGUAGUAGUUCUUCUCAUCCAGAACAUUAAAGGUUCGUUGAUCAAUUCUUCAUGCAAGAAAACAAAAGACUGGAAGAACUACGAUUGCCAAUGCCCCAUAAAUCACACAAUUUAUAUCAAACAUCACGUCAUCGAGGAUGGGUUUCAAAGAUUAUCACCUAUCGACAUUGUCCUCGGGUGUAACACCACGAACGCUGUGUAUUGUGGUAUCCAGUUCCCAGUCAACCAUCGGACAGAAAGAAACAACAGUGCUUUUGCAUCUGCUGUCAAGAUGUGCAAUGGCAAAAACCGGUGUAAUCUGUCAAACGAAUAUUUUCAAACAAUGGAGACAAGUCUUCGAAAAUCCUGCAAAGACUCCAAACGACCAGGGCUUCAGAAUGCGUCAUUUCGACAGAGCAUUGUCUAUGAGUGUAUCCAAGAUUAUCAAGUCGUUGAUACAUGUGUGUGCAGAAAAGAUACCAGAAGUCCCCAAAUUUAUCUACAGUCGACUGGUAACAAGGGUAAUUGUUCUUGUCACAUAAGUGGUGACGUGUCACGAGUCGAAAUUUUACAGACUGUUAUGGUGGAACUUAUGAUGUCUGACAAUGGAAUCCUUCAUUACGAACACCAGAACUACAAUGUUGAUUUAUAUGGAGUCAAAGUUCCCCCUUCAAAAGAGAAACUUCUCGUGAAAAUAAAGACUCAUUCUACAGAGAGUCGAGUACUGAUUAAAGUGGCGGGAAAUGUAACAUUUUAUUGUAUGAAAGAAGAAUUAACUGCCAACACCAACGAAAACAGUCAGUCAAUAAAUGAUUCAGAGAGUCUUUUGAAUUGCACAUCAAUGGAAAACUCAACUUCAACAUUACUGUCGACAGCAGAUCUCAAUACAGCUGCUAUCUCAAAAUCAUCCUAUUCGGGGAAUAUUAAUCCCAAAAAUGGUGGUACCACUACGAGCAAAAUGAGAAAAGGUGAUAACUCAAGUAAUGACAAAGCUGAGAUAAGGAGUUUGGUUCUUAUCUUUACUGCUAUCAUGUUGCUGGUGAUAUUCCUGUUCCUGUGUUCCGUCAUCCAGAGAAGAAAGGAUAGAGAUCUGCUGAAGGCUAUAUUCCAUAGACUGGAAGAGAUUGAUUCUGACACGCGUGUGCAACGCACGGAAAUAACAAGUCAAGUACAGAGAUCUGAAAGCAAUCGAAACUAUCAGGAGAUUCCGUUACAGUUCCUAAACCAUCCAAGGGUCAAAAGUAUAAAUAAUGCUGUGUAUGAAAGUGGCACUUCAAAUCAGGAAAACGCAAACGGUGACAAUGAACAAGACGUAAACUCAUUGGCGAACUCCUUGGGCGCACAGAGCGAUCGUUUCUUGCUGGAGAAUGACAAUGGUAAAGGGGUGUAUGAACUGCAGAAACAAAUCGAAAUAUGAUACCGUUACUGAUUUUUAAAGUUUUAAUCAAUGUUUUGUCACCUGUGACAUUUUUCCUGAUUAUACUUUGUACAUCGUAUUUGACAGUCGUCGUGGUUGCUUUACUUUUCCUACUUUAGACCUCUCCAGAACCUCUAGACCAUUAUCUGAGACAGGUAUCCCUGGGCAAUCGGGAUUCAAGUUUAGUUAGAAAUUAAAAAUCAAGUCCAUUCGAAAGCCUGAUAAUUGCAGGAUAGUAAAAAUUAAGUGAAUAUUUAAAUACUUUCCUCUCAAUAAACGAUUUUCCGGAAAGGCAGAAAAUCACAAGGAAGUUUAUCUAUUGGAAAUUCAUGUUUGGCCAUACCAUGAAGACCUGCCAUACUCUAGGACCAUGAUAAAAUCACAACAGUCGAUAUAGGGAUAUAUAUAGGGGGAUUCAAAAACACACUUUGUAUAAUGUCAAGUGAAUAUCAAAUCAGCAAAUUCAAGCUUGUUCAAAUUAUGACAUUUGGGGGGACAGAUGUCACCACGAUGAAUUUCAAGUUUUACACAGGAGUAUACAAGGAACUUUUCUCAUGAAGCACUAGACAACAAUUUGUCAAAUCAACAAGCAGGGAUAUAUACGGAAAUCCAUUCGAAUAGAUCUCAUUCAUACCAAUCACAUGAAUGCACUUCGUCAAGUGAAUAUACAAGUUCCUCGUGCGGUGUAAAACCACGAUUAGACAGAAUAGGGACUUAAAAUUUUACAUUACGAAUGUAUAUCGGUAAGGUCUUCAUUUCAAGAACAGCAUAAAAAUGCAAUUCCAAAUUAACAUAAAAUAUCCUAGCGAGAUGUAUUCACCAUCGAUGGUUAAAAGUGCCGUUUUAGAAGGAGAGUAGUCUGAAAUAGAAAAUGCAAACCUCUGCUAGACUCGAACCCGCUAUCUAAAGAUCAGCAAUCUUAAAUCCCUGCUAGACUCGGACCCACUAUCUACAGAUCAGCAAUCUUAAAUCCCUGCUAGACUCGAACUCGCUAUCUACAGAUCAGCAAUCUUAAAUCCCUGCUAGACUCGAACUCGCUAUCUAAAGAUCAGCAAUCUUAAACCCCUGUUAGACUCGAACCCGCUAUCUAAAGAUCAGCAAUCUUAAACCCCUGCUAGACUCGAAUCCGCUAUCUACAGAUCAGCCAUCUUAAAUCCCUGCUAGACUCGAACUCGCUAUCUACAGAUCAGCAAUCUAAAACCCCUGCUAGACUCGAACUCGCUAUCUAAAGAUCAGCCAUCUUAAACCCCUGCUAGAAUCGAACUCGCUAUCUAAAGAUCAGCAAUCCUAGUCAACAUAUAGAAAACAUCUGGUUAUCAUGUGGCAUAGCAUACAUUGGUAUGUCGAUUCGAUCUACCCCAAAUGAACUCAAAAUAAAACAUACCACGAAGUCUUCCGUAUAUGUCUCAUAUUUGGAUAUUUCAUUGAACAUAGAUGUUAACGACAACCCUAAAAACACAAUUUUAUGACGAACGAGAUGACUUUAGCUUCUCCAUCAUUUGUAUUCUUCUCCAUCAUUUGUGUAGCAAUACUUCAUUAUCACCUGCAUAUAGUGUUUAUGUCUCUCCAAUGAUUCGAUAUGCGAGAAUAUCUUAUGUCUAUGAUAUAAUUUUUAAAUCGAUGCUAGCUACUGACAAACAAGUUGAUGUUACAAAGGUUUCAACAGUCAUGUUUAAGAUCAGCAUUUCGCAAACUUUAUGCUCGUUUUAAUGAUUUAGUCUGCUGGUACAAGAUGUCACAGAGUCGAAUGCCGUCUGAUGUGUUUCCACACCAUUGUUAGACUGAUCUUUACACACUGAUUUUGCCUAGGAUUACUCUGUUUACCUGAUCAAGAUAUAGGGCGUUCGGCGGUCGUGACUGGUCAACGGGGGAUGCUUACUCCUCCUAGGCACCUGAUCCCACUUUUGGUACAUAUGUAUACCCAGGAGUCCAUUUUGUAUUCUUUAUAGGAUUGAUCACUGCUAUUUACCUUCAUUUUAGUGACUUCAUCCUAAUUACAAUGGGUUUUCAUUAACAUUUCUUCCUUGUUUUUAAACAUUUCAUCAACAGAAUAAAACGUGAUAUGAAUACAAAACACUUAUAAGAGAAUACUUUGUUUGAGACCUUUGGAUAUUUGAUCACUUAGAAUUCUCGAUUAAUCAGGAAGUUAUAAGAUAUCAUCAGUGGCAUCCAUCAAUUCCAAAUCCUCAUAACCUUGAAAUUUUCAACCGGAAAACAUGAUGAGCGACGUCACUCACUGGCAUUAUCUAUAAUAUUUCCCAAAGUGUGUGACUUUAUGAUUUAGGAAUCGCUCAUGUGUGGUAAGUAUGACAAAGUCCCUGUUCAUUUUCUGAUUUCAUCGCUUAUUUAUAGAAUAUUACUAUUCAUUAGUCCAGUUCUUUCGCAGAUUCGUAAAGUUUGUUACACACGUUAAAAGGUAUUGUGUUUUAGAUCAAAAUAUCUCCACUCAGUUAGCAGAUUUGUUCUACUUUAUUCAAUUCAGAUCCGAAUCUAAAUUUGAAAAUUAGGCGAAUAAAAGAUGUAUUUCCAAUUUAAACAUUUUCACAGAUUUAAGCUAAUGUUUUUCUCAGGAGCGUAGGAGAAGGGCUCGACCGGGGCACCUCCACCCAUCCCCACCCCCUCCUACAGGAACAUACCUGCCCCUGUCAGAUUAGAAGUAGUUUCAAUCUGAGUAAUUUGGUAUAAAGUUCAAACAAUCAUUUGAUUUAAAAUCACACCUUCCUUUUCCUUCCAAUUCUUCCCCCAACUCCAACCCCUUUGUCGGACUGCAAGCAUUUUAGAGAAAAGAAAAGUUAUAUAUAUAAAAUGAUAAUUAUUUCCUUUCAUCUGUAUUUUCAUAUUGUCAAAAUAGUGAAAUAAUUAAUCAUAUGAAAGUUAUUUAUGGAAUAUCUGACUAUACGUUUGAUGUUGUGUGUUAAGCAUUACAGUCUGGAUAACAUAUUAGCCCGAAUAUUGUUCAUCAUCUGUUUAAUGAUCAUUAUUUCGUGUGAAUGAAAUUAACAAUAAUAAAAUAUAUGAAAUGUG